UUUCUUUUCAUCAAAAAAAGAUAUGAUGUUAUCUUCUUCUCUUUGGAUAUUCUCUUUUAUUUCUCUGUCACUUCCCCUGAUCAGUACAGUCACCGCCGGUGAUCACACCGGAGUUCAGCCUCUAUCGCGGGUUCGGGUCCAUGCCGUGACUUUCGCCUUAGAUGAAUCCGCAUCCGUUAAUGCUUUGCCUGCUCUCCUUGGCAUGCAUGGAGAACAUAUUGAGUGGUUGAAUGUGGAGAUUAGGAGCCCAAAGCCAUCGGCAGAUGAUUGGGUCGGAGUUUUUUCACCCGCAAAAUUCAACUCAUCUACUUGUCCUCCGGAGUUUGGAAACAAUAAAGAACAAGCUCCAUUGAUAUGUUCGUCCCCAAUAAAGUAUCAUUAUGCAAAUUAUUCAAGUCCAGACUAUGCGAAGACUGGAAAAGCAAUAUUGAGGUUCCAAUUAAUCAAUCAGAGAUCAGACUUCUCCUUUGCACUCUUUUCUGGUGGAAUUUCUAGUCCAAAACUCAUUGCAGUCUCAAACACAGUCUCCUUCGCAAAUCCAAGAGCACCAGUAUAUCCAAGAUUGGCCCAAGGGAAAUCUUGGGAUGAAAUGACUGUAACUUGGACAAGUGGAUAUGAUAUUGAUGAGGCAGCCCCCUUUGUAGAAUGGGGACCAAAGAAUGGACCCAAAACUCGCUCUCCAGCUGGAACUUUAACAUUCAGUCGCAACGAUAUGUGUGGAUCACCGGCUCGUACGUUUGGAUGGAGACAUCCUGGUUACAUACAUACCAGCUUCUUGAAAGACCUGUGGCCUAAUUCUGUGUAUACUUACAAGCUCGGUCAUCAAUUAUUCGACGGAACAUAUGUUUGGAGCAAACUCUACACCUUCAAAGCAUCCCCUUAUCCGGGACAAAACUCAUUGCAAAAAGUCAUAAUUUUCGGCGAUAUGGGAAAGGCAGAGAGGGAUGGCUCAAAUGAAUACAGUAAUUAUCAGCCAGGCUCACUGAACACGACAGAUCAGUUGAUAAAAGAUUUGGACAACAUUGAUAUUGUUUUUCAUAAUGGAGAUAUUACAUAUGCUAAUGGAUACAUAUCUCAAUGGGAUCAGUUCACUUCACAAGUUGAGCCUAUUGCAUCUACUGUCCCUUAUAUGAUCACAAGUGGAAAUCAUGAGAGAGAUUGGCCAGGCUCAGGAUCCUUUUAUAAUACUACAGACUCUGGAGGGGAAUGUGGUGUGCUGGCUGAGACUAUGUUCUAUGUCCCAGCUGAGAACAGAGCAAAAUUUUGGUACGCUACAGAUUACGGCAUGUUCAGGUUCUGCAUAGCCGACACUGAGCAUGACUGGAGGGAAGGAACUGAACAAUACCGUUUCAUUGAGCAAUGCUUGGCAUCAGUAGACAGAAGAAAGCAACCGUGGUUGAUAUUUUUGGCCCAUCGAGUUCUCGGCUACUCUUCUUCGAGUUUUUACGCGCAGGAGGGAUCUUUUGAGGAGCCCAUGGGAAGAGAGAGCCUUCAGAAGCUCUGGCAGAAGUAUAGAGUGGAUAUUGCUUUUUAUGGGCAUGUCCAUAACUAUGAGAGGUCCUGCCCAAUUUAUGAGAACCAGUGUGUGAGUACUGAGAAAUCCCACUACACCGGAACGAUGAACGGAACUAUCCACGUGGUCGCCGGAGGUGGAGGCAGCCAUCUUUCUGACUUCACCACCUUGCAAACACGAUGGUCUCUUUAUAGAGACUCUAACUAUGGUUUCGUAAAGCUAACAGCCUUCAAUCACUCAUCCCUCCUUUUUGAGUAUAAGAGGAGUAAUGAUGGCAAAGUGCAUGAUUCCUUCACAAUCUCUAGAGACUAUAGAGAUGUAUUGGCUUGCGUACAUGAUAGUUGCUCUCCGACUACAAUGGCUUCUUAGAAAUGAGAGAACUGCUAUAUAUGUAAAUGAAAAUUUUCGUUUUUAUGUUGUUA